AUGUCGAUCCCUACGUCAAUGACAGCUGUAUUGGACCGUCCAGAACCACCACUUUCGGAUGGUUCCUCUCCUCUGUCGAGCUCGCCCCAGCUUAUCACCACAAUUGAAAGUGCAGCUGUUUCGAUCGUCACAUCUGCACUUUCCAACGAACGACCAAGAGGAGAUGAUGCGAAUGUCUGUAAUCACUCCACGCAUUCGUCAAGCGUCCCAUCGCGUGGUUCUGAAAUUGAAGGUGCCACUACAUCUACCUACCCCGGCACAAUGCCGCCGAAUGAUGGAGACAACAUGCCUAAACCGGCGAAAAAGACAAAGAAAAAGAAGUUGCGAAAGAAAGCUGCGACAAGAGAGGAAAAAUCUGCGAGCACCUUGGAUUCGCUUUCACCUACACCAGCGGAAGUUACUCACACGACGUUGCCGGAUAUCGAUGAGGAUUCUUCGCAAUUGUUGCAGCGCGCCAUGUCAUUCAUUGACGGUUAUAAUCACCGUGGCGACAUCGCCAACGUUGACAAUGCCAUAGCAAGUUUGGACGCUGCUGCACAAUCCGUGGCAGCGCCUGAUUCACUUCGGAUAACAUGUCUAGGCCAGCUCGGGCUUGCGCUUGGGCAUCGUUACGAGCGGCGAAGAAACCCUGAUGAUAUUACAAUGGCAAUUGUGGUCUUCGAAGAAGUUCUUUCACUGAUUGAAGAUGACGACUUCCGAAAACCUUUCACUUUGGGUCAUCUGGGUCGCUCUCUGUGGUCGCGCUUUAAGCAGCUGGGAGAUCCCGCUGACAUCCAUAAAUCCAUCUCAAUGAUGCAGUUCGCGUUGCGGCUUACACCUGAUGGCCACCCGGACAAACCCACUGAACUGAACAUGCUCGGUGUGUCGUUGUUGAGCCGCUUUGAGCUCUUAGGCGACCUUGCCGACAUCGAUGAGUCGGUUUCCGUGAUGGAAGAUGCACUCCGACUCACCCCAGGAAGCCAUGUCCGUCGACGCAACCAUUUCAGCACCCUCGGGGUCGCCUACUUAAGGCGAUUCGAGCGGCUGCCAGACGUUCUUGCCGAUCGAGACAGAUCGAUAUCAGCAUUUGAACAUGCACUACGGCUCACUCCGGAUCACCAUUGCGACGCUUCCAUUGUCUUCAACAACUCGGUGUUGACCCGCUUUCCGCGACCAGAUGACUUUGUUGACAUCAGCGAGUCAAUUGUGGCGAAGGAAGGCGCAGUACUGCCUCUCCUAGAUGGAAGUCCCGAAACAUCGGACACGCCCACGCGUGGAACACCCUGCCAUUUUCAUGAGCUUGGGAUCAUGUUCUUAGGAUGCUUCGGGAAGCUAGGGGAUCCCACCGACAUUAACACAUCCAUUGUUCUACUAGAAUAUGCAGUCAGACUCACUCUUGAUUCCCAUCCUCACAAGCCUGACCAUUUGGCCAGCCUUGGCACUGCGUUCUGGAGCCGCUUCGAGCAGUUGGAUGACCACGCUGACCUCAACAAAGUGAUUUCUGUAAUGGAUGAGGUGGUACGGAUCACCCCCGAUGACUAUCCCGCCAAGUCUGGCAGUUUAAGCAAUCUUGCGUACUCAUUGUUUACACGCUUCACGCGGCUAGGCGAAAUCACCGACCUUAACAAGUCCAUAUCUGCAAUGGAAAAUGCAGUGCGACUCACUCCAGAUGGAGAUCUUCAGAAGCCUUGCCUUUUGAACAACCUCGGAAAGUCGCUUUUGAAUCGCUAUGAAAAACUCGGUGACCUCGGUGACCUCGGUGACCUCAAUACGUCGAUACUGAUAUCAGAAGAUGCAGUACGAAUCACUCCCGAUGGCCAUCCUCACAUGCAUCAACAUCUAAGCGAUCUUGGAUCCGUGUUCUCUGACCGAUUCAAGCGGCUAGGCGAACUCACUGACCUUAACAAGUCCAUAUCAGUGAUGGAAGAAGCAGUACGAGUCACUCCUGACGGAUAUCCCCAGAAGCCUUGCCGUUUGAAUAACCUCGGCAAUUGGCUCUUGGAACGCUUCGAGCGUUUUGGCGACCUCGCUGAUCUCAAUAUGUCGACGUCUAUAUCCAAAGAUGCAGUCCGACUCACUCCCGACGAUCAUCCUCACAAGCAAAUGCAUCUUUAUGACCUUGGAAACGUGUUCUCUCGCCGCUUCGAUCGAUUGGGUGAACUCGCUGAUCUCGACAAGUCUAUGUCUAUAAUGGAGGAUGUGGUACGACUCACCCCCGACGAACAUCCUCAGAAGUCCUGUCGUUUAAAUAAUCUUGGGAAGUCACUUUCCAGUCGCUUCGAGCGACUCGGUGACCUUGCUGACCUUGAAAAGUCGAUGUCUAUAUUAAAAGACGCAGUCCGACUCACCCCUGAUGACCACUCCCACAAGCAUACACAUUUACACGACCUUGGAACCGGGUUCUCCCACCGCUUCAAGCGAUUAGGCGAGCUCUCUGACCUCAAUGAGGCCAUAUCUGUGAUGGAAGAGGCAGUCAGUCUCACUCCUGAUGGACAUCCUCAGAAGUCUUGUCGUCUAAACAGCCUGGGGAAGUCUCUCUCGAAUCGCUUCGAACGGCUUGGUGAACUUGGCGACCUCAAUAUGUCGAUAUCCAUUUUGGAACAAGCUGUCUGGAUCACGCCAGAUAAUCAUCCUCAUAAACCUCAGCAUUUGAUGGACCUUGGAAAUGCAUUCUCUCGUCGAUUCAAGCGGUUGGACGACCUCGCUGAUCUCGAUAUGUCGAUUUCUGUACUAGAAGAUGCGGCGCAAGCCAUGCCUGACGACCAUUCUAAUAAGCCUGCUCAUCUGAACAACCUCGGCAGCGCGAUCCUUAAUCGCUUCGAGCGGCUUGGCGAUCUCGUUGACCUUGACAAGUCGAUUUCUGCGAUGGAAGAUGCAGUACAACUUAUUCCACCUGACCAUUCUGACAAGCGUAUGUGUUUGAACAGCCUCGGCAGCUCCAUAUUGUACCGUUUCAGGCUGCUGGGUAACCUCGUCGACCUCGAUAAGUCAAUUUCUGUGAUGGAAGAUGUAAUUCAACUCACCCCCGACGAUCAUCCCGACAAACCUGGCUAUUUCAGCAAUUUAGGUAAUUCUAUCCGGCAGCGUUUCGAACGACUGGGAAACCUCGCUGACCUCGACAAGUCGAUUUCUAUAAUGGAGGAUGUGGUGCAACUCACCCCCGAUGAUCAUCCCGAAAAGCCCGGCCGUUUGUCCGACCUAGGCGUCGGGUUCGCCCAUCGCUUUAGGCGGCUAGAUGAAUUGACUGACCUCACCAGGUCGGUUUCGUUGUUCGAAGACGCUGUGCGACUCACUCCUGAUGAUCGCCCCAAGAAGCCUUGCCUCUUGAUCAAUCUUGGCCACUCGCUCUCCAAGCGCUUUGAGCGGCUUGGUGACCUCGCCGACUUAGACAAGUCUGUCUCCAUGAUGGAAGAGGCGGUGCAGUACACUCCCGACGGACAUUCCCACAGGUCUAGCCAUUUGAGUGGCCUUGGUAGCGCAUUUUGGAUACGCUACCAACGCCUCGGCGACCUUGGUGCCCUCGAAAGUGCCAUGUUGUGUUUCUCAAAUGCGGCGCGCUCCUCAGUGGGUCCCUCUUCUGCGCGUCUUAAUGCAUCUUUGCGAUGGAUUGCAUGCGCUCGUCUUAUGGAUUCGAAUGCUCUUCUUGAUGCAUAUACCACGGCUAUCAACCUUAUACCGCAAGUAGCAUGGCUUGGGUUACCCCUCCAGGACCGCCACCGCGAGCUCUUAGAAGCAGCCGAUGUAGUACGAGAUGCAGCUGCUGCCGCUCUCGAACGCGAAGACUGCGACACUGCCAUUGAAUGGCUCGAGCAAGGUCGCUCAGUUGUAUGGAAUCAGCUGCUGCAGCUUCGGACCCCACUUGAUGAGCUGCAAGCUGAUCAUCCUGUACUCGCGAAUAGACUUCGGCAAAUCUCAAACGAACUGGACCAGGGCAGCGGUCAUGACGUGGUCGGAAUCGGACAAACGGAGCAAUGUGAUGGAUUAUUAUCGGAUGGACAAGCUCGACGACAUCGUGCACUCGCGAUGGAGCGCGACAAGCUUCUUGUCGAGGUCCGGUCCCUGCAAGGUUUUGAGAGAUUCUUGUUGCCAAAGACUGUACAACAGCUUGCUCCUUCGGCACAUUCGGGACCUGUCGUCAUCCUAAACGCCAGUCGACACAGAUGUGACGCGUUAAUCAUGACGACUAACUCGAACAACGUGCUUCACGUACCUCUCGUUGAUAUCACUUACGAGCAAGCGGCAAAUAUGCAGCAAACCCUAAAUCAGUUACUCGCGAGCCAUGGCCGUGUCAUCCCAUCCAUUGACCGAGCUAUGGCGUUUGCCUCAACGAAAUACAGUCCAGAAGAGUUGUUCAAGCGAAUUCUGUCUCGGUUGUGGACGAAAGUUGUUAAGCCAGUGUUGGACGCCCUUGGUCUCCGGGCUCUGAAAGACCCCUCUCGUGUUUUCUGGUGUCCUACCGGCCCGUUUUCAUUUCUCCCCAUCCACGCUGCAGGUCUUCAUGACAUCGCCGAGCCUGGAUCCAAGCUUUCCGACUACAUCAUUUCAUCGUACACGCCUACUCUGAGUGCCCUCGUGCCCCCGCAGGACGACGGCGCCACUCCAAGCAAUACGUCCCGUACACACCUUCUUGCUGUCCCUCAGCAGAAAUCAGAUGGGCAGCGUUGGCUGCCAGGUUCACAGAGAGAACUGAAUUAUAUGAGGAUGACACUCGAGAGCCUCUCAUCCUCAUCCGUCUCUCUCAUGGAGUCCAGUGGGACUGUGGAAGAUGUGCUCGCCAAGAUGAAGGAGUCAGAUUGGGUCCAUUUUGCAUGUCAUGGAAUGCAGGACGUCCGCAGCCCCCUCGACAGUGGACUUGCACUCGCUGAUGGCCGUCGGCUGAAACUGACCGAUAUCAUCAAGCUAGCACGUCGUCGUCGUGGACUUGCGUUCCUAUCUGCGUGUCAGACCGCUACGGGGAGCAAGAACCUUCCUGACGAGGCAGUUCAUCUCGCUGCAGGCAUGUUACUGGCUGGCUAUGGCGGCGUAAUUGCUACGAUGUGGUCGAUACAGGACAGUGAUGCACCUGAGGUAGCGAAGAGCGUGUACGAGCAGUUGUUCCGGGAGGGCACUCCGCCCGACUACGGGCAGGCUGCGCGGGCAUUGCACUAUGCGGUUGAGCGUCUCCGUCAGGAGCGCAACGUAUCUUUCGUGUCUUGGGUUCCAUUCAUACACAUUGGUCUGUGA